GUGGUCUGAAGUGAAGACCCACCAAGUAGUAAUCAUGCGUACGUGUAAUAUGCUUAAUUAUAAUUUAAUUUUCCAAAGCAUCUGUAGCGAAACUGAAUGUUUACUGUGCCAAAUGAUUUUGAAUGCAAGGAGCCUUAUACAGAUAUGGAACGAGAAAUGCUGUACAUGACGAAUAAUCUGAUGCGUAUAACGGUACUCGAGGUGCUGAACUGAGAGAGCUGGCUACUGUCGUUUUUAAGAGGUCGAUGAGGAAUGACUUCGUGCGUGUUAAUUACUGUGAUUCUUUUUACAUUUUUCAGGUCAAGAAACUUGGAAUCGUUGCUGUUAGCAAUGCUCUUCCUGAAGAUAUUGCCUGCUUGGCAGCUGAUAGGAUGUUGGUCUUUGUUGCGCAUGGAAAACUAGUUACUGCCUUUGCCAGGAACAAAGAGGUUGUCCACACCUACACUGGCCAUGGGGCGGAUGUGCAUCUUCUGCAGCCUUUUGGGGAUCACAUCAUUUCUGUGGACCGGAACAAUGUUGUCAUUGUCUGGGAUGUUCAGUCUGAAGAUGAAUACCUGCAGAUGGCACAUGACAAAGCAUCCUUUGAAAUUUCUGCCGUCAUGCAUCCAAGCACCUACCUGAACAAAAUCCUGCUCGGAAGCUGUCAAGGGAGUCUUCAGCUGUGGAAUGUCAAGUCAAACAAACUCCUAUACACCUUCACAGGAUGGGGCUCUGAAGUAACAGUGCUACAGCAGGCACCUGCUGUGGACGUCGUGGGCGUUGGGAUGGCGUCCGGUCUCAUCGUGAUGCACAACAUCAAGUACGAUGAGUCACUCAUGAAUUUCCAGCAAGAUUGGGGCCCCAUCACAGCGCUGUCAUUUCGCACAGAUGGUCACCCAGUAAUGGCUGCGGGGAGCCCUAUUGGCCACAUUGGGCUGUGGGACCUGGAAGACAAGAAGCUGAUUGGUCAGAUGCGAGAUGCUCACAGUACAGCCAUUGCGGGCUUGACGUUUGUCCACGCAGAGCCUCUUCUCAUCAGCAACGGGGCGGACAAUGCCAUUCGGGUGUGGAUAUUCGAUACCCCUGGUGGAGGUGGGCGUCUCCUUCGCUGCCGAACUGGACACAGUGCCCCGCCCACGAAGAUCAUGCAUUAUGGUCAGAAUGGACAGCAGAUUCUCAGUGCCGGUCAGGAUGGCACGCUACAGUCCUUCUCUUGUGUGCACGAGAGGUUCAAUAAGAAUCUGGGACAUGGUUCCAUCAACAAGAAGAAAUCCAAGAGGAAGGGGCUGAAGCUCGACACUAUGAAGCUGCCCGCCAUCACGACUUUUGCUGCAGAGACUGCCCGUCAGAGUGACUGGGAUGGGAUUAUAGCCUGUCACCGUGGUUACCUCAUCGCCACCACCUGGAACUACCAGAAGACCUCUAUGGGAACUCACAAACUGGAGCAUGAACGUUUUGACAAGAAUCGCGCCCUCAACGUCCAGGCCACGGUGGUGGACGUUACAUCCUGUGGUAACUUUGCAGUGGUGGGGCUCUCCUCCGGACAUAUCGAUGUGUACAACAUGCAGUCAGGCAUCCACAGAGGUCACUAUGGCGACAGCAAAGCACAUGAGGGACCAGUGCGCGGCGUCGUGGUCGAUGGACUCAACCAGCUGACCGUGAGCGCUGGAGCAGACAGGCUGGUGAAGUUCUGGAAGUUCAAAUCAAAGGAGCUGAUUCACACUGUCACCCUGGGUGCCUCUCCUUCCAGAACCCUGUUACACAGGCACAGUGAAAUGCUAGCCAUCUCUCUUGAUGACUUCACUCUCAACGUCAUGGAUCUGGAGACGAGGAGGAUCGUUCGCAAGUUUCCUGGUCACCGUGGACAGAUCAACGAUAUGACCUUCAGCCCAGACGGUCGCUGGUUGGUGACCGCCGCUAUGGACUGCACCAUCAGGACAUGGGACCUACCCACAGGAGCCAUGGUGGACUGUUUUCUGGUAGAUGCCGCUGUGGUCAGCCUCAGCAUGUCUCCCACAGGGGAUUUCCUGGCCUCUGCACACGUGGACAGUCUAGGAAUAUACUUAUGGUCUAACAAGACACUGUACGGCAUAGUCUCCCUACGCCCGCUGCCCUCAGACUUUGAGCCCUCAGUGGUUGUGCUUCCUGGAACCUGCCCUGUUCAAGACGAUGUCAGUGAUGAAGAUAUAGACACAAGCAGCGACACGAUGAUCGACUAUGUCUCGAAGGAGCAGCUUGAUGAACAGUUGGUGACUCUGUCUCUUCUGCCGGAUUCCAGAUGGAAGAACCUGUUGAAUCUCGAUAUUAUUAAGAAACGUAACAAACCCAAGGAGCCGCCCAAGGUGCCCAAAGCCGCUCCCUUCUUCAUUCCCACCAUCCCAGGGCUCAUGCCCCAGUUCGCUGCCCUGGAGGACCCCAGUGCCAAAGAACAGUCAAAAGUUGUGAAUUUUGGAGUUCUGGCCCAGAAGUCAAAUUUCUUCCUCCAACUCGAAGAUGCCUGGGUCACCAACAACUAUACCACCCCCCUGCAGCUUCUCAAAGAUUUGGGGCCCUCAGCCGUCGAUACGGAGCUGCGAGCCCUGGCUCCGGAUAUGAACGGGGCCCUGGAGCAGAUGCAGGCCUUCCUGAGGAUGAUUGGCACCAUGCUGGACUCAAAGAGGGACUUUGACCUCGCGCAGGCCUACUUAGCCCUCUUCCUCAAGCUGCACCUCCGGCUCGUCUCACAGGAAUCGGCGCUGAUGGACGAGGCGCUGAAGGUCUUGCAGAGAUUGGAGGGAACGUGGAUGGAUAUGCAGACGCUCUUCAACCAGAGCCUCUGCUUGCUGGCCUUCACCAAGAGCGCACUGCUGUGACACAGUCCCCUGUUCAGCCUCUCUGUGGUUUUGUGUUUUUUAUUGUAUCUGGAAUAGUUUUUUUAAAAUGAUGCUUCAUGUGAAGAGUGACCCGGAGAUGAACAUUUUAAAUUUCCCGAAGGAGUUUGACCAAAGUUCAUAUGAUGCCACCUGGAUACAGAUUAAACCUUUGGACUUUGUCAUUGAGA